AUGGACAACCGCAACGCUGGUGUGUACAGCGACGCGGCAGACGUGCUGACGGUGCUGCACGACACAGUAGAGGUGUACGUGUCACUCAUGCAAGACAGUGAGGGCAAGCAACGCGGAUGCAAGACGGCGUCGGCAUCCGCGUCCUCGCCAUGUCUCACCAACUCUGCAGCGAUAGACCUCGCCAUCACGCAACAGCACAUUCAGGAAAAUGCUCCACGUUUGCUGGACUUGUGCGCGUCUGUGAGGAGCACGUUGCGCAGGGUCGCUAUGCUGCCCCGUCAGUCCUCGCGACGGAGCGACAGCGAGUCCUUAAGCACGUCUGACAGCGUGGGCAGUCCCACCACGACAGCAGAAGGCAAUGAACCCGUCCAUGGCCUCAUCACGCGAAAGCUCGGCGACAUCGUGGAGAAUACUCACAUGAUACGUGGACUCGUGAAGGUGCAGCAGGAGCAGGGGUAUUUGUUGCCGUCACACCUGUCUCGUACAGCGUCGCUAGCCUCGCCGGACGACAAUGACGGACCGCUUCUCAUGAAGCAGCUCAUCCGUGUGACGCUGUACAAUCUGGAGGACAUGGAGCGACUCCUGCGCGCCGCCUACCCGGACGAGCUAUCCACAGGCACUGUGAACUGGGGCGGAGAUGCGGUUGAUGAGGCGGAUAGGUCUACCCUGUUUCUGCACUCGCCACGUGUGCGUCGCACGCUGACACGCUCGCACGGACAACGUCUCGGCUAUAGCGGUGGCGGCGCCGAUCACGAAUGCCGCCGUGACUCCAGUGGUUACGGGCACAGCACCAGCAGCGGCGAUGGUGGCGGAGUGAACUCUUCAUUGGAGACGCCGCGCAGCUCGACCCACACGGCGCCGUACGUGCGACGCAGCCCCUCUUUCGACCAGGCAAACCUUCUCACCAGCUCAUGGGCGACAGUCAAUCAUGAAGACCACGACGGCGACAGCGAAGCCGCACCGACAGCACGCCUGACCGACACAACCCCCACGUCGCCCACUGGCACCUGCCCGGCAACAUCUAUGCAAGCGCGGUCGCAGCAGGCAGAUUCGCUGUCGUCAGCGUCGUCUUUCGUCGCUUCGGCGCCGAAGCCGUCCUCGCCGCGCGUCCGCUUCGUCAUUGGCGAGCCCCCUGAUUCCGAGGACCAGGGCUUCUCUCUCUCCGAGUGUACGCUAGCGUCCACGGCAGUCCCGAGGCCGUCCUCUCCUUGCGGCAGUAACCUGCUGUCAAACCCUGUGGCGCGGCUCAGCGGCACGGACAACCAUAAGCAGGGCAGCAACAUCAGCGGCAGCGGAAAUCGCGCCACCCUCUCUUCGCAGCCACUCCUGAGCGGUGAAGGUGACAGCACUAUGCAAGCUGCUUCCCUGGGGCACCAGCGUCCAUCGUCGGCGAGUGCUGCGCACUCGUCGACCACUUCAGCGGCAGCGGCGUCGCCAACGUUGACGGAGGCGGAGUGGAUGAACGCAGCCCCCGUCGUGCCCACGGUAGUCGAGGUGCGGCAGAAAACGGUGCCGUUCUUUGACAGCUGCAGCGACCGAGCGCCUGGCGACUCUGUCACUGCCUCAGCGCUCAGCACGGUCAUCAUCGGUGGCUCCCUCGACUCUUCGGCGAUGCAGUUGGGCGACGGCGCGCCACCCCGGUCCCGCAGCGGGAACAGCAGCGUCGGCAGCCGGAUAGGGAUAGCCCGCGCGCUGCCGCCGCCGGUCGGACUGCCACCCCGGUCACCGCGCCGGCAUGACCCGCAGCAGCCUGCCACUAGCUUAGCCUCCUCGUCUGGCGAUCAGCGUCUACCGCUUUCUCCGGACCCCGCUGGGGCAGACCCCAACAUGAGUGUGAGGACAUACCACAUGCAACGGCUCCCGGGCGAACUCUGGGGCGUUAUUAUCGAGGGCCAUCAAGCUAAGAUGGCGGCUGCCUUCCGUGAGGAUGUGGUGGACCUGUUCAAAUGUGGCGAAUCUUCCCCGACGCUGCGCAUUGAGGACGUGCGCGAGGUAAACUUCACCGUGGCAGGCGCGGACCUCUACAUCCGCAUAGAGCUGGAGCACCUGUGCUCGCUGGCGGAGUCCGAGAUCAAUACACGACUCAAUCUCUGCUCGUACCCGCUCAUGACGGGGCUGUAUGAAGAGUUCUUCAAUGCGCAUGAGACCAAGGAGCUCGACCCCGUCGAAGACAGCAUGGCAACGCCGGACAGCAUGGCAACGCCGGACAGCAUGGCAACGCCGGACAGCAACGUGCAUUCGAACGGCGGCGAUGGCACAGGAGACAAGGAGGAAAAGAGCGCAAGCAAUGGUAGCGUUCAACAGUGCUCCUUGAGUCUCGCGAGUGACCUGAACGCUACCGAAGCCACUGCAGACGACUCGGCGGCUGUUGCGCGCACACCAUCACUGCUGAUCACAACAGACUCGCGCACAAUGUCGGUGGUGGGCGGCUCGGCAGCAACGUCCUGCGUUUUCAGCACGCCAAACCUGAGAGCCACCGUUGAAGACAGUGAAAGCUUGGGCGAGACGGGGCGUGAAGCCUCCGCUUCUGUCGCCCCGUCUGCCCUCGUCAGCGUCGAAAACAGCACUCACCUCCGGGACGGAGUCGCAUCGGCGUCGGCAUCGCGUCAUCCGCAUACAGUGCGUAUUCCGGGUGCGCAAUGGGCACGUCUGCUGCUCUCGCCUGUGCCGGAGAAGAACGAUCUAAGGUCCGCCUUUGUCCAGGACACGGGCGUGGCUCUUGGCGUACUGCCGUCCGAGGCCCGCGAGGCGUGCCAGGAGGUGCGCUUCUCCUUUGGCAGCCUUGUCGUGGACUUUAUGUGGGACAAUGCGGAGCUCUACCCGGGUGCGGAGCCGCUCUCGGCGCCAGAGAUCGACACAGUUCUGAAAAACUGCCCGUACACCUCUGUGCGUGCCUUCUACACCAAAGCCUGUACGGCGCUCCACCUCGACGACGAUCUCGCGGUGCUGCCCGCGGCGAAGCGCGGCAGCAGCUCCGGCGGUGGCAGCACCGCUGAGUCUGUCGUCCCUCAGCUCAUCCUGCCGAAUAAGUCGCAGCUCGGCCUAACUUCAGACACGGACAACGCGCUGGCGCGCGACAUGAGCGGCAAUGCAGAGAAGGGAGAGGCGGUAUCGGUGCCCAAGUCGAACAAGAAGGACAAGCUGUCAACAGCGCGCUUGCCCAUGACGCCACAGCUGGCGCAGACAGAGAGGGCACCGUCAACGUUUCCGUCUACUGGGGCGACGGUACUCUACGCAGCAGACAGUGCAGCGACGGUGUCGAGGAAAGUGGCCUCGUCACAGCAGCAGCGAGGUACCCCGCUACUUCCGUUUAAUCGGAUGGACAGCACCAUGUCGAAUGCGUCAGUAGAGGCCGAGCCCCGCGUGGCUGUUCCCCAGCCAACGGUCGGCUUCCACAAACACUCACGAGCUGGCACACCUCGCGUCGGUGCCACCGCAACGGCUAACGCCAACGCCGCCGACUCUCGGUCCUCGAAGGUGGCUGCGCGGCGCACCGUACCAAUGAGCUCGCAUGAGCCGGCAACAUUGAACCAAUUCGCCCUUCUCCAUGAGGUGUCGGUUCAGGUGCUGCGCCAGUGGAACCCCGCGCUGGUGGAGCUGGACGCCGACGCCGUCAUUCCAGCCACUGUCACUGUGUACGUUCCCCGCCUCUCGCCCUCCGCCGGCCGCGCACGUGGGCAAGCGGGGCCAGGUGUCACCUCCAAGGCUGGGCGCCACCGCCACAUAACCGACACCACCCUUGCAGAUAUGACAAGCGAUACUCCUCACAGCCCCACAGCGCGCCACCCCGCACUGGUUGCUCAUCCAAACACCAAGGCGACCGCAGCAGCUGCAGCGUCACGCGCGGUAUCGACGCCUGCCUCCUCAUCUCACGCGGUAGCUUCCCCAAAACCACCGGCACAGGCGAGCGAGCCGGAGAACGCGAAGAGCAGCACCAUCAUCGCCAUCUCCAAGAAGAACAACACCCCCGCUGUUGUCACGCCGCGCCGGCCACCACCACUUUCCAUGGAGGACGUCGCGAAGUGCCGCUCCUUUCUCACUCCAGCCACGGCGCUGAGUUCAACGUUGUCCGCUGCCGCACCAGUCGCAGAACUGGCUCCGCCCGCCUCUCCCUUCCCCAUGACGACGUCUCACUCGGCCUCCCCAGUCCCGGAGGCACCGGCAGCUGCAGGCGCCAAGGUUCCACCUGGUGCUGUCGAAGUGGCCGUGGCACCCGUUCAGCCCGACGCCGCCUCCAUCAAGCCGAUGGCGCCGUUUUCGUCUGCCGAGCAGGCCCCGAGCGCUAGGAGCACACGCGAAGUGUUGCCGCAGGCUCCGCAGCCUGCCGGGAACACGGCAACGGUGGCGACGGCAGGAAGCCGAGUUCCGUCGGCGCACACGGUGUAUCAGCUGUUCAAGCCGGAGACCGCGCAGGUCGCCGAGCCAAGAGGAAUCGAGGCGGUCUUGGCAGCUCAUAGUCUCCCUUGCCUGCAUCUGGACGGACUGGCGGUCAAGGUGGCUGCAGCUGCUGACGACGGUGCUCGUGGCCGCACUGUUGGCGAGAAUCAUGUCGACCACGAGAACCACAAGAAAGCAGUGGAUGGGUCAGCAAUGCUGUUGGAGUGGGACCUGGGCCUGCGUCUCGACAACCUCACGGUAGUGCAGGUGCGGUGCGGCUCUGUGGCUGCGCGGGCCAACGUGCAGCCCGGCGACACGCUGCGCACGAUGAAUGGGCAGACGCUUCUCUGUCGGAGUGACUUCGAGCAUGCCAUGGCGCAGCAGCACAGAAAGGGAAGUGAAGAGCACAUGUUGUUCGUAACGGCGAUGACCAGUCGCGGCAUCCCUACAACGUAUCGUCUUCGCCUUCCGCCGCUUCGCCGCGACAGCGCGACGGUGCAGCCCGGUCUGCCACUGCAGCAUGACUUGCAUCAUUCUUCGCCACUGGCAGCGCAGCAGCAGGCACAGCCACCCCCACGAAGAGUAAGGUCCCUCUCCGCACGGAUGUCAAGUGCAGCGAGAGGUACCCCGCAGCAGCAGCGGGGACUGCAGCCCGCUACUCAAAACUCCUCGAGAGUGCCAGUGAAAAGGGCAGAGCCGACAUCUGCCCGCACGCCCGUGAGCAGUCUCAGUGCGGCUGCGCGGGUGUCACGCGUAGUUCCGGUUAACACGAACGCGGUGAUGCUGUGCACCAUGAAGCCGCUAGACAUGGUCCGCACUCUGCCGAUCGAUGCAGCCGGUGCUGAGUCCUUGCCAGAGUCGGCAUGGGGGACAGACCGCGAUGGCAGUCCGUCCCCCCGCACGCGAGCGUACGUCGCGGAGGCGAUAGUCGGCAUAUACAACGGGGCAGCAGAAAGGCACAAGCGGUAG